UCAUGGGCACAACAAUAAUUAACCCAUCAUCAUUCCAAUCCCCCAACCAAAAAGACCACUUAUCUUCAACAGAUACCUCCAUACUUGCCAACCUGUGCCAAUUCCCACUCUCCCCUAUAAGCCCUCAGCCAAAUAACUAAAGCUACCUCUUUUCCUCUCAUGGCCACCACCUCAGCCAUGUUUAUUCUCUUCCUCCUUCCCCAUCUCACCGCCAAAGCUACCCCGCCUUCAACGACCUCCUUCAUUUCCGCCUCGCCGUCCAUCCUCCCCUCCAUCGAGCCUUCGCUGCCGCCGGACAUAAUGCCGGUGCUCCCUUCUCCUCAAACUGGCUACUCGCCAGACGGCUUGCUUCCCACCAUCCCGUCCAACCUGAGCCCCCCUAAUCCAGACUCACUCGACCCGAAUUCCGCCUUCGCACCCUUCGGCCCCUCGGAUUCGGCCAACGCCACCCCAUCCGCGGCCUCCCCGCCGCCAGCCUUGUCUUGCUUUCUCCUUGGCCUUGCAUCCAUGUGGUGGUUGGAGUUCUCCUGCAAGUGAUUUCAGUUUAUGUAAGUGGGUUCGGUGGAGAUCACUGCACUCAUUGUUUUAAUUAUUAUUAUUAUUAUUAUUUAUUAAUGUGUUGUCUCUAAUUUGGGUUUGCAUUUUGAUUUAUUGUAUGGAUAGAAAAUAGUUGAAUUUAAUAAAUUUGCAGCCUGGUUCA